CUCAAGAAACAAAAUGGCGGACAGUGGAGCCAAGAAAGCCAGUGAGGAAUUUUUUCAGCAUUUAAUCAGUUCUUCGGAGAGUUGCGUGGAUGACAAAGUUUGUGUGGUGGGGAUCUUCGGAAAAGACAACAUUGGCUACAAGUCGAAAGCUGUACAUCUGAAUGGAACUAUUGGGAAAGAAGUUUUCAAGAUUGACUUUCUAGAUGGUACAUUCAAGAAGAAGGAUACAGAUGAAUUUUCAUGUGACAUUAAUGUCUAUCAUGAUGUAGAACAGAGAAUAAUCUAUUUACACCUUGUGUCUGUUUAUGAUGUGUCAAGACUGUUACAACUUUGUAAACAAGCUCCACAAGAUGCACAGAAUGCAGCUUCUCAUCAGUAUUGGAUGUCCCAUGAAUUUUACUAUGCCUGUGCAUUACUGUUCCUGUUCUCUGUCUCUCAUAUUGUUGUUCUUCUGCAUCCCUCACAGACUUUUGAUCUGAAUUACAUCAGGCUCUUUCGCAUAUUAGCUUCAACAAGACACCAGUUACUGCCUCAGAUAUCCCAGCUAUUAUCUGGUGUGGAUGGUAUUCCUGACAUUUGGAGGCAGACUGGACGGCCUUGUAUUCCCAGACUGGUGUGUUCAAUGAAACAGCGGGUUCCUUUCAUGGAUCCUUCACAAGUGUCAGGGAAAAGCCAAGAUACUUAUGCCAGCAAGACUAAGGGAAAACAACAAAGCAUCACUCCACAAAAGAAACUUCAGCAUGCUGUAGAGGAUCAGCUGUACAGCAUAAUGAGAAAGGCCAGGCUCCUUGGAAGUCUUAGUUCCAGUUCCCUGUUCACUGUAAACUCAAGUCACGCCUUUGUUCACAUGCAGCCAUGUUCAACCAACUUCGACCCUGUUGCAGUUCUCCUUAAUACUUUGGCUAAACCGGCUAUCAACACUAAAUGGGUGGAGAAGAGUCCUCUUCUGAAGAAUAGCAAAUUCCUUAAGAGAGAAUUCUCAGAGUCCGGAGGGAACAGCGAAGCACAUUCCACGGAUUACGUGUUGUUCCGAGACUACCUGAAACAGCAGAUUGAUCUCUUAAUGACCGGAGAUGGUGGUCGAGAUGGAGUGGCUGAGGGACGCAGAGGAACGCAUGUAGAGGUUCCUUCUUGCCGUUUGUGGGCGCGUGUAUCGCUUGCUCUGUAUGAGUUCUUCUUGACUCCAAAGAAUGACUUGAUAGCUCCUCUCACCGCCAUGGCAUCUAAUCUAGAUCUCGACAUGAAAUUCUCUGAGGCGUAAGUAAUGCUCUGUUUUGUCCAGGUUUUUAUAGAG